CUGUCACUCUCUCAGCCAGGGGCCUUGGUCCCGGUUCAUUACCGCAGCCUGAGCCCGGGACGUGCCGAGCGGCCACUGGCGGUGACGACGCGUACCCGGGAUCGAAAGACGCACCUUCUCCUGUCGACUGCCGGCACAUUCGCCAUUUGAUCCACCUCGAGCAACCCCGCUUUCUGUUCCGCGGAUGACCACUGGCUACUCCGCGCGAACCUCCCCUUCGUGUUUUCACUUCGUUAGCGAGGCGCUGGAUUUAAUCGAUGCUUUCGUCGGAACCCAGCGCACGUGGUGCGUGUGGAAAGUGCGGAACCGGUACAUUGUAAGCAGAAAUGGAAUAGAAAAAUGUGAAUUUUCUUGAAAAUGAAACCUCGGACCAAAACUGUAGAUAGCAAAUUAGUGUCCAACCGAUUAACAGUACAUGGAAAAUCUGGAAGAAGUAAAGGAACACUGAGGACGUUACCACGAGGAGCUAAUAAAGCAUCGGAUAUCAAAUUGAAACCUUUUAUAGGGAAGGUUUUUUACCUUGAUCUGCCUUCAAAUAAAAAUACUGAAAGCUUAGAGAAGGAUCUACAGGAUCUAGGAGGGACAAUUGAAAAAUUUCUCAGCAAAGAUAUUAAUUACAUAAUUUCUAAUAGAAAUGAGGCUAAGUUUGUCCAGGCUGCUGGGAAAAACUCUCCCAUACCAAGCCCAGAUUCUGUUCAGAACACUGGUAACACAUCACCCCAUUUGAGCAGUCGGAGAGAAAGCCAUGAAGGAAGCCCACAUCGAACUUCGGAGAUGAUAAGCAGAGGAAAAAGUUUUGUCAAGAAGGUUAUCAAGGAACAGGAUUUUGUUCCUGGAAACAACAUCCUUUUGAAUGCCCUGGCAUGGGGAGUGCGAAUACUUUAUAUAGAUGAUGUGAAAACCUAUAUUUCAAGAAAGAAGGAGUCAUUUGGAACCACAAAUUCUAUUGCUACAAUCAAUGGGGAGAAGUCCAAUCAAACUGCCCAAUCUAAUAGCCAUAGAACAAAAGCAGGAAAACUGAGGAAACCUUUCAUCAAAGUUGAAGCAAUGAGCCGCCAUUACAGACCAUUGUAUAUACAGUUAGAUUGCUACCCAGAGAUCAACUACCUUGGUCCAAAUCCCUGGAGUCCUUUUGAUAUGGACAAGAAAAGCAAGACCAAUGAUAAGCAAAACAAAGGAAAGGCUAGCAGAAGUAAAUGUCACAAAAUAGCAUGCAAUGAAAAGAACUGCAAAAUGGACACAAAAAUCACAGAAACUUUGAAAGAGAAGAAGAAGAAGGGUUACUGUGAAUGCUGCAUGAUGAAGUAUGAAGAUUUAAAAAUUCAUCUGAAAAGUGAACGUCAUAAGAAAUUUUCAGAGAGCACAGAAUUUAAUGUUGUGGAUAAUAUAAUUUCACAGUUCAAUUGUGAUUUUAUAGAACUCCAGAAAGAUAAGGUGAAAAGGACAAAGUGCAGUAUUGGUGUAGACACCUAUGAUUUCACCAAGAUAAGUAUUGCAGGAACGCAUGAAGAAUUUCGAAGACCAUAUAAGGAACAUGUGGAAGGAAAUAAAUCCUUAGUAAUGUGCAACACAAAGGACUAUGAAAAUGUCAGUGGAUGGGAAACUAAACAAAAUACUUUGUCUUUCCAAGAAAAAGACAUUGUAUCUUCAGGUACCCUGAAUUCGCCUAGCCAGAUAUUACCUUUGUCUACACCGAGUCAUGUUAGCAUUUCUGAAAUGCUACUUCUGUCCACUUUUGUAAACAAAAAAUCCAUUGGGGAAGGAAUACCUGCAGUUAAUUUUGAAAGUCAGAAAAAAGAAACAAGCUGGCAUAGUUUAUCUUUGUGCCAAGGGGACAAAGGUAGCUCCAUAAUUUCAAAAGUCUGUCUGUCGGAACAGUUGCGUCAACUUGGAAGGUUACCAGUUGAGAGCUCUCCACCUGUCACUGAAGAAUCAUUGCGUAAGCACCUGUUUGAUCAGGAUGAGUGUGAGACUAGGUCACAACCAAAUUCCACUGUAUGUUCUGAAAGUGAUGAAAUCAAAACUGAGCUACAUAAGUCAUCCAAAAAUAAUUUGCAACAUAAGCGCAAAGAACUGGCAAGUCCAAUCCUGCAUGUUCCCAAGCAUUCUCGGGUAAAUGAUCAUGAUCCAUGUGAUACUGCAGCAGCCCCUAUUGAAUGUUCUUGCAGCCCUGUACAGACGCAAUUAUUUUUUGACAAGGGAAGAAGUGAAGAUUUGAUGCAUAAUAUAGUAGUACCUUCAUUUAAUAUAGCUGCACAUCAAAACACUGAAUUGGGUCCAAUUGCUCCAACUAUAUUUUCUUCACCCUGUACAAAACUGCAUCGAAAAGUGAGAUUUUCAGCUGUUUAUGGAAGAAAUAAGAAGAAGGCUCAAGAUCAUAGAAUGGAAAUAAGUUCUCUUGCAAAAGAGAGAUGCUUGAUAGAGGAAGGUGAAGCUACCAGCUUGCCAUUGAAAAGUUUGCUGGAGUUAUUUCAAACUAGUGAAAACAGUGGUUCUGAGUUUUCGGGCUUUACCGAACAUUCAUCACAGAAAAUGUCAGGGAUGUGGGAUAGCGAUCAACCAGAGAAUAUCCUGUCAAUUUUUGCCCACUCAUCAUCGUUAUCAUCUUUUCUUGGUUUCUAGUGCAAUGCUUAUUUGUUUAAAGAAUGACAUGAAGGACCUACAAUUUUAUUCAUGUUCUACUUUUACCAUGAAUCCAUUCUGUUACAUAUCGGUUUUUUCAGUUUGAUCACUUUAACGUGCCUAUUAGAAUUGAAAAUAAAAAAUAAAUGCUGUCUACCUCCUGCUUUGAGAACAAUGACCCCAUUUUACCCUUUUUUUUGCAUUCUGUUUAACUAUCUUGUUUUAACCAAUAAUAAGAUCAAUUUGACCUAAAAUUUUGUCCAUAGAAACCAAACUUUGUCAGUAAAGUCCAAUAAUAAUUUUGAAUUUUUUCAUUUGUUCAGUGAUGUGAGCAUCACUGUCAUUUAUUGCUCAUCCCUAAUUUCCCUUAAAAAGGUGGUGGUGAACUGCUGCUUUUUCCCUGCAUUACAUAUAAUUGCAAGUUUUUUUUAAUAGAAAUGUAUAGCCAUUGCUGAAAUAAUUUUAAUUUUUUAUCCAUGCAAAACUUUUAAAUGCACUAUAGUUGUGGAGCUUUUUGUUGUAAAAAUAUCCUCAAAAUGUGGAAUCAACAAUUAAUACAAAACAACAGGGGAAUGAAGUGAUAAAGUUAUAGGCAGUCCCUGGAUUACAAAUGGGUUCUGUUCCUCAGUAUGUUCACAAGUCAAUUUGUGCACAAGUUGGAAGGCAAUACAAGACGGUGUAGUGCAUUUGUUCAUAAGGAUGAAUAUUUGGAAGUUGGGAAACACCUGGUGGCUGCUUUUUCCUUUUGUGACUCUGAUACGGAUCUGAUGGACGACCGGGAUUUGUGAUUGACAAAGACCUUUCCAACUCCAUAGAGCUAGUUUGGUUAUUAGCCAAAUUUUAGCCCCUGCCUGUGAAACAACACUGCAAAAUCUGGCAGUGUUGCUUGGGUGAAGAGCAUAUGAGGUAGAGAAUUGAAAAUGCCGUGUUUAUAUUGUAUGGCGCUCUUCUUUUAAGGGAGAAUUGAGUGACAUUCAGUUCUGAAGAAAGGUCAUUAGACCCGAAAUUUUAACUCUUGAUUUCUCUUCACCGAUGUUGCCAGACCUGCAGAGAUUUUCCAGAAAUUUCUGUUUUUGUUGGUAAUUGAGUGGCAUUGUUGGAAUUGGAUACCUCUUACUCUGAAUGUGAUCUCUUACCACAGAAUAUUAGAGAGACUGGAUCCUGAAAAAUGUGCAAUCAUCAUUUCACAAAGCUGAUAUCCGAUCUGUGAGCAUUUAAAAUUAGUAAAGGCAGAACUGUUAUCUAAUCCCUUUGAAAAGAGAUGCCUUCCAUAAAAGUACAUGAAAAAUAAUAAAUAAUUUUCAUUGUAUACCCUCUUUUAACGUGGUAAAUCUAGUAAGGUCCUUUCAGGAGAAUUAUUAAAAAAUGUCUGCAGCUGAGUCGCAGAAGGACGUUUUGGUAUCGAUGGCCAAAAACCUGAUCAGGGAGAAGAAUUUAAAGGGACUCCUUAGAGAGGUGUGAGACAGACAGUUUUAAAGAGGAAAUUCAGAACUUGGAGCCUAGAUAACACUAAUCUGUAGAGGCUAGAACAUUCCUGUUGAGUUACCAAAUCUUACCUCAAGUAUUGAUUGGACCGUUGUUGGGGUGGGAGAAUAAAUUCUGCUCAAGUCUUCAUUGGUUGCUAUUCAGAAAAUUAUCUAGUCCUCCACAGUUCAACAUGAAAAAAUAACAAUGGGUGAACUAACUAAGUUACCAGAGGUCGAGGAGCUGUAUCCCAUCAAAGGUAAAGUGAGAAUCUGAGUAAAAUGUUCUAAAGCCAACAGGAUGAGGUUGUAGUGCGUUGAAAAUAAUUUUUAAUGCUCUAAUCUCUGCUGUUAGGUGUAUUUGGUAUUAAACUGCACUAUAUGCCUUGUGGCAAUCCAGAUUUAAAGUCUACUUUCGUAUUUUUGAAUGAAUUGUAUUGUGCCCUUCAAUUUUGCAGUCCAAAUAAUAAAUUCUUAAGACUGCUAUGGGAAACAUCCACGUAACAAAAAUUAAAGAUACUUUUGAAAGUUGCUUCAACCAGAAUAAAACAUAAUAUAAAACAAAUUAAAUUUAAUACAGUUAAAGCAAUGGGAAAUCCAGUCAUAAUCGAUAGUAGUCUGACAUCUCUUGAAAGGUGUGCUCUAUUUAUCACCAAAAUUGUAUCGCAUUUGAUUUAUCUACUUUUUAUUUUAUGUAAUUGAGUUCUUCAUGGUUACUUUAAACAUGUUACUCAUAUUUUUAAAAAUUAGAAUAAAAUAUUGGAUCUUUUAAAACUGUAAUACUAAAUGUUUUCUGCUCCUUCUGUAAUUAACUAAUUGGCAGAAAAAAAGACCAACAGGAUUCUAUGCGCAUUUAAAACAUUUCUCCAAAACACUGAUAGACCUUAUAAAGGAUUUUUUUGUUUGUUUGUUUAAAAAUCUGUUUUCAGAAUGGCUAAUAUCAUCUACUUUGUCUGCUGUUUGCACCAAAUUGUCUAAAUCUGUAGACUGAAAUGGCUUGGCAUGGGUUCUCUGGAGUUUUAUACAACAAGACAGUAAUGGAAAGAGAAAAUGUGACUUUUGUUUAUUAACGAACCAAUAUUAACACUCCACAUUGCAGAAAAGCCUUGUAUAAUAAUAUCUGAGCAACAAGUGCAUGUACAUGUCUCUUAGUAUGAAACAAGCAUUCUACUCAGGUUCUUGCUUAUCUGAGGACUGCAUCUGUAAAGCAAAUUGUAAUGUUAAAAUCAUUGGUAAGCGUCAUCUAGUAAGAUAACAAUUUAAUAUUGUUGCAUACAUUUGUCCAAAUAUAAUAGCUAUGAGCAUUCUAAUUUGUCAAUCUAUUUAUGUAUUCUGUUCUGUUUUGUGCCACUUGCAUCUACUUUGCUUUUUGUGCAGAACGUUGAUUUUUGUGAUAAAACUGACUUUUUAAAAAAUUUGCUUUAGGAAAUGGCACUGCUGGCUGAGCUAGCAUUGCCUAUCCCUCGUUGCCCUUGUUAGGGUGGUGGUGAGCUGUCAUCUUGAACCCCAGCAAUCCAGUUGCUGUAGGUAAACCCACAAUGCUGUUACACAAUUCCAGGAUUUUGACCCAGUGACACUGAAGAAUGGUUAUAAAUCUCCAGGUCAGGAUGGUGAGUGGCUUGGAGGGAUGCUCGCAAGGACUGGCGUUCCCGAUAUAAGUAUGGUCUUCCUCCUGGAUGGAAAUGGUCAUGGGUUUGGCAGGUGCUGUCAAAGAUGUUUCGGUCAAUUUCUGCAGUGCAUCUUGUAGAUUCUACGUGACAUUAAACUCUGAGUGGUGGUGAAAGGAAUGGAUGUUUGUGAAUGUGGUGCUAAUCAAGUGGGUUGCUUUGUUCCUGAUGGUGUAAACUUUUUUAAGUGUUGGAGCUGUACCCAUCCAGGCAAAUGUGGUGUAUUCUCUCACAAAGAAUGGUACCACACAAGUACAAGCCCUUUGGCCCACCAAGACUGCCCACAUGUGCCUAUCUGAACUAAAAGCCUUUUUACCUCUUUGCUGUCUGUAUCGAUCUAUUCCCUCCUGUUCACACAUCUCUCAAGAUACCUCUUAAAUGUCCUGUUGCAAUUGCGUCUACCUCCUCUUGCAGCAUUUUCCACAUUCUCACUACCCUCUCUAAAAACCUGCCUCACAUCUUCCUUUAGACUUAAUCUCCUUUACCUUCGUCCUAUGUCUUCCAUUAAUUUAAAUUUCUACCGUGCAAAAAAGGCUAAAUUAUCCAUUCUAUCCAUGCCUGUCAUAAUUUUGUAAAGUUCUAUCAGGUCACCCCCCUUCUUAGAAGUUCAAUUGAGUGCGAACCACGUUUGUCCAAUCUCUUCGUGUAGCUAAUACUUUUAAACCAGGCAACGUCAUGGUAAACUGUUUUUAUACCCACUCCAAAGGUCCACAUGCUUCUGAUAGUGUGACGACCAGAACUGUGGACAGUAAUUCAAAAUGUGGCCUAACUGUGGUUCUAUACAACAUGACUUGCCAUUUUUUAUACUCUGUGCCCUGACUGACGAAGGCAAACGUGCAAUAUGCCUUCUUUACUACCUCAUCCACUUGUAUUGCCACUUUCAGGGAACUGUAGACUCCAGACUUUUGCCUUGUGGAAAGUGAACAGGCUUUGGUGAGUCAAGAGGUAAGUUAGUUUCUGGAAGACUCCCAACUUCUGACCUGCUCUUGUAACCGCUGUAUUUAUAUGGCUAGUCUAGUUCAGUUUCUAAUAAAUGGCAACCCCCAGGUCGUUGAGAGUUCAACCAUGGUAGCACCAUGAAUGUCAAAGGCACUGGAAUUUGUGUUGCCUGCCAUUUGUAUCAUUAAUGUCACUUGCCACUUGUCAGCCCAGGCUUAGACAUGGUGCAGGUCUUGCUGCAUUUGGACAUGGACUGCUUUUAUAACUGAUGACUCAUGAAUAGUGCUGAAUAUUGUGCCAGUAUUGGUGACUGUGCCCACAUCUUGUUUUUUUGAUGGAGGGUAGAUCAGUGAUGAGAUAGCUGAAGCUGUUUGGGCAGAGAACUUUGCCUUAAAGAAUUCCUGCAAAGGUGUCCUGGACCUGAGAUAAUCGACCUCCAGCAGCCAUCUUACUUUGUAUCAGAUAUGACUGCAACCAGUGGAGAGUUUUCCCCGAUUGCAAUCGAUUUCUUGAUGCCACACUUGAUGAAAUACGGCUUUGAUGUCAAGGGCUAUCACUGUCAAUUCACCUUGAAAAUUCAGCUCUUUUCUCCAUGUUUGAACCAAGGCUAAUGUGAUCAGGAUCUACAUGGCCUUGACAGAACCCAUACGGGGCAUUGCUGAGCAGAUGCUGCUUGAUAACACUGUUGUUAGUACCUUCUAUCAUUUUACUGACGAACGAGUGUGGACAGAUGGGAUGGUGAUUGACUGUAUUAGAUUUGACCUGUUUUUUUGUGUGCAGGACAUACAUGGGUAAUUUUCCACAUUGAUAAAUGCCAAAGCUGUAGCUGUACUGACACAGCUUUGCUAGGGAUGUGAACAUUUUGGAGCACAUAUCUUCAGUACUGUUGCCAAAAUGCUGUCAGAGCCCAUGGCCUUUGCAGAAUCCAUUGCCUCCACCCAUUUCUUGAUAUCAAGUGAAUUGAAUUGAAUUGACUAAUGCGUGGCAUCUGAGAGAUGCUGGGGACCUUUGAAGGAAUCUGAGAGGGAUCAUCCAUUUGGCACUUCUGGCUGAGAAUUGUUGCAAAUCCUUCAGCCUUAUCUUUUGCAUUGACGUACUGGCAUCCCCCAUUUUGAAAGAUGGAGACAUUUGUGUAACAAUCUCCAUGAGUGAGUUGUUUAUGGUCUGCUACCAUUCACCUGGAUGUGGCAGGACUGCAGAGCUUAGAUCUGGUUCAUUGUGGAAUCAUUUAAUUCUGCCCAUCAUUUAUGCUGUUAGGUAAGCAAAAUGUUGUGCAUGGUUUUACUCCAGGUGUGCCCUCCUGCAUCUUCAUUGAGCCAAUAUUUAUGUUGUGAAUUUCUUGCAAUUUUUCAAAUAAUGGCUCUGGCAUUGAUUUAUACAUCUAAAAUGUUUUAAAAUAUUCAUCUCUAUGUUGAGAAAGUACCAAAAGGACUUCUAAAAUAAUUUGUUAUUUUUAAAUAAAAACAACAGCACCUGAUUUCUUUGCAUAUUGACUGUUGAUUUGAAUACUUGCGUAAUAAGGUAGUGCUAUUUUCUGGUAUUUUUGAUGUAUGUGUUGUAAAUUUGUACGCAAAUAUUUUGCUGACAGAAUUUAAACAAAAAUAAAUAUGA